AGUAAUACAUUUUACCAAAUACUAUUGUAUUUAUAGUAUUUGAUUAUACCUAUUACCUAAUGCCGAAAGUUGAAACCCUGAAACGCUUUGAGGUUUUAAUUAAGAGUUUAAAGUUGUUAUAAUUCACUUAAGACGUAGAUUUUUGGCAACAUUUUGUACUAAUUUGAAAUACAAUUAGUUAACGUCGUUUAAAAUGAAUUUACAACUAGUUACUAAAAUUUUAAGAAUUAAUCGUCCAUUCAGUAGUAAUUCAGCUUCCAUAACAAAAAUUCAUAGAAAAAUAUAUCCACAGCACUACUUGACCAAAAUUGUUAAACCCGAUGGUUCCAGUUUCACUGUACGAUAUCAUGAACCACGAAUGAUUAUUAAAUUACCACUAGAUUUAAAUUUAAUCAGUGAAGAGGAAAAAAAGCGAAGAAUUGAGGCCAGACGACCAAAGAAGAAAGUAAAAAUCGUUGAAGAACUGAAUGAUUCAUUUGAUAGAUCUAAAUAUUUAAAAUAUUUUAAAAAAUAAGAAUAUGUUAUUUUUUAACCUUAAAUCAGUAUAUUUGUAUGUAGAAUGAAAAAAUAAAAAUAAAGUACCACGUAAACUUUUU